UAGAGACUUCACGUGUGUUUUUCAAGUGAAAGUGAAAGGUGAUUUGUUGAAUUGGUGUGACAGUAAGCCCAGACAGGAGAUUUUGUGAAGGACAGAAAAGGAAAAACUAUGGGAGCUACAUGCAAUAAGUGUUUGUGUUGCCGUAAAGACACAGCAAAGACAAGAGUAAAAGAAGAAAAAGAAUCAAAAAUUCAACUGCUGCAAAAAAACAAAGACAUUGACAACAUACAGAAUAAGCUAAAGGGGAAAAAAACACAGUUGGAGAAUCUGAAGAAACUGAUGAGUGAGAAAGAGAUCACAGCCCAGAACACAGUCCAAGAGCUGGAACAUCAAUUGGAGACACUGACAGAAAGGAUGAGUAAUAGAGAAAAAGAAUCACAAAAUCAACUGCUGCUAAAAAACAAAGACAUUGACAACAUUCAGAAUCAGCUGAAGGAGAAAAUCACAGAGAUGGAGAAUCUGAAGAAACUGAUGAGUGAGAAAGAGAUACCACAGAUCACAGUCCAAGAGCUGGAACAUCAACUGGAGACACUGACCGAACAGAUGAGGAAUAGAGAAAAAAAAUCACAAAAUCAACUGCUGCUAAAAAACAAAGACAUUGACAACAUUCAGAAUCAGCUGAAGGAGAAAAACACAGAGAUGGAGAAUCUGAAGAAACUGAUGGUAGAGAAAGAGAUCACAGUCCAGAACACAGUCCAAGAGCUGGAAACCAGUAAACAUCAACUGGAGACUCUGACCAAACAGAUGAGGAAUAUAGAAAAAGAAUCACAAAAUCAACUGCUGCAAAAAAACAAAGACAUUGACAACAUUCAGAAUCAGCUAAAGGAGAAAAUCACAGAGAUGGAGAAUCUGAAGAAACUGAUGAGUGAGAAAGAGAUACCACAGAUCACAGUCCAAGAGCUGGAACAUCAACUGGAGACACUGACCGAACAGAUGAGGAAUAGAGAAAUGGAAUCACAAAAUCAACUGUUGCUAAAAAACAAAGACAUUGACAACAUACAGAAUCAGCUUAAGGAGAAAAACACAGAGUUGGAGAAUCUGAAGAAACUGAUGAAUGAGAAAGAGAUCACAGCCCAGAACACAGUCCAAGAGCUGGAACAUCGACUGGAGACACUGACCGAACAGAUGAGGAAUAUAGAAAAAGAAUCACAAAAUCAACUGCAAAAAAACAAAGACAUUGACAACCUAAAGAAUCAGCUAAAGGAGAAAAACACAGAGAUGGAGAAUCUGAAGAAACUGAUGAGUGAGAAAGAGAUCACAGUCCAAGAGCUGGAACAUCGACUGGAGACGCUGACCGAACAGAUGAGGAAUAGAGAAAAUAAAGAAUUACAAAUGAAACAAUUAGAACAACAAGUGCUGCAAAAAAACAAAGAGAUUGAGGAAAAAGAGAAUCAGCUAAAGGAGAAAAACACAGAGAUGGAGAAUCUGAAGAAACUGAUGAGUGAGAAAAAGAUCACAGUCCAAGAGCUGGAAACCAGUAAACAUCAACUGGGGACACUGACCGAACAGAUGAGGAAUAGAGAAAAAGAAUCACAAAUUCAACUGCUGCAAAAAAACAAAGAAAAUGAAAACAUACAGAAUCAGCUAAAGGAGAAAAACACGGAGUUGGAGAAUUUGAAGAAACUGAUGAGUGAAAAAGAGUUCACAGCCCAGAACACAGUCCAAGAGCUGGAACAUCGACUGAAGACACUGACCGAACAGAUGAGGAAUACAGAUAAACAAAAGAGGACCAAAGACAUUGAAGAGAAACAGCUAAAGGAGAAAUAUACAGAGUGGGAAAUGGUGAGCAAGACAGAGAUCCCAGUCCAGAACACAGUCCAAGAGCUGGAAACCAGUAAACAUCAACUGGAUACAAAGAUGAAGAACAGACAGUUGAGAGAUAUAGGGGAAGUCAAACUGUACUCAUUUUUGGCUGGAAAAACAAAUAACUCUCACCAGAAAUUUAUUGAAACUCUGAAAAAACAAAUUCAGGAUCUGAAGGAAGUUGCUGCCAUGGAUGAAAGUGACAUUUUUAUGGUUUUCUGUCCUAUUGUUUCUCGAGCUGGAACUGAUAUUGAAGCAGCACUGAAAAUAUUCACAGACGAUACAGCACCUAAGAUAAAUGUUCUAGUGGUGCUACAUCACACGUUUGACCCAGAGAAAACUGUACCAGACAGCAGCAGAUGUGUUAACAGAAUGGAUAUACUGACAGUGGACUGUCUGUUCUAUGAGGAUACAGGAUUACUGAAGUGUCAAAAGAAUCAGGAUGCUAUCGACAAAGUUGUGAAAGGGGUAAGAGAGCAGAUCAACAAUGCAUGGGGGAAAAAGGAGAAAUUUGCUUCAAGGACCGAUCUAUCACUACAAGAAACUAAUGAACGUCAUGAAAAACGUCAUCAAGAACCUGGAAUGGCAUCAGGAGAGAAGAGACAUCUUGAGAGAAAAAACUCAGAACAUAGCAAACUGUUGAUAAAAAGACCAUCAUUAGUCAAACAACUGGAAAGCAGGAGAGUCAAACUGUGCUCAGUUGUGGCUGGAAAGACAAAUAACUCUCACAUGAGAUUUAUUGACACUCUGAUAAACCAAAUUAAGCAUCUGAAGGAAACUCCUAAAGUGGAUGAGAGUGAUAUUUUUGUGGUUUUCUGCCCUAUUGUUUCUCGAGCUGGAACUGAUAUUGAAGCAGCAUUGAAAAUAUUCACAGACCCUACAGCAACUAAGCUGAAAGUUCUAGUGGUGCUACAUCACACAUUUGACCCAGAGAAAACUGUACAAGACAGCAGCAGAUGUGUUAAGAGGACAGAUAUACUGACAGUGGACUGUCUGUACUAUGAGGACACAGGAUUACUGGAGUGUCAGAAGAAUCUGGAUGCUAUCGACAAAGUUGUGAAAGGGUUAAAGGGACACUUCACCCAUUUGCAUUAAUCUUUGUAUAGUUAGAAGCCCAGUCAUGUUUUUGAAUGGUCAUGCAUCAUUUCCUUAGUUGCCGCUGAGACAGGAGAAAUACAGAUUUCAGUGUUGCACUUCCUUCUUUCAAUGAUCUAAAAAUCAUCAUUUUGAAUCAUUGAAAGCAGGAAGUCCAAUAUCUUUGUUGAGGGAGUGAGACUACGAACACCCCUUUUCCCGGUCAAAUAGGCACCAUUCAAAAUGGAUGUUACAUUUCGACUACAAAUAUGAGGCACUUUCAAUAAAGAUGAAUGUUUCUAUGGGUGAAAUGCUCCUUUAAGAGAGCAGGUAAUUAACAAGCAGCAUUAUGGGAACUUACAUUUUGCCAAGUUACAACAUACAGACCAAAUCCCAGGCUAUAAAUAGUUAUGCAGAGUGUGCCUUAAAAAACAUGUUCUACAGAAACCGAAUCAAGCACAUGUGUACAGUAAGACUGAGAGCACUGUGCAAAUGUAUCUUUUUUGAGUGAAUGGUUUGAAAAACUAGACAAACUAAAUCAGUUACAGUGUGUUAAAAAAAAACGUAAAACUAUAGUAGGCCUAAUUGUUGUUGAAUUGUAUUGAACACUGACAAUGCAUGUCUCAAUAACAAUUCUGUAAUUUGUAUUGAUUAGAGAUCACACUGAGGGUGAACAAAGACCUGUAGCUCCACUCGCGAUUUAAUCUACGAAAAACUGUGAUGGACACAGACAGUUGUAUGGAAGUGAAAAUUAAAAUUAUAAGAUGACCUACAGCAGCUUGUGACUCUCAAUCCUAUCUGCUUAGGAAAUCUUUUGUUUGUAAAUCAAAACAAUGUACAAUGCCGUAUGAUCUAUAAAUUGUCUUUUUUUUUCUUAUUUUGAAAUGAACUGAAAUGUGUGUUUUUAUACAUUCUAAAAAAUCUAGUUUUAUUUUACUUUGCAUUGGGUCACAAAGGGACAAACCCAACCCUUACUUUAACAUAUGCAGGGUUGUUUCAACCCAAAAUGCUGCAUCAUUUGAAACCUACUGUUGGGUUCAAUAUAAAAAAAAUCUUAUUUAAAGGUGACAUAGAAUGAUUGAACGGGGGAUUUAUCCUUGUUCUGUGAUGUGACAUUUAGACAAAAAUGUUUUUGUUUGGGUCUGUAAUGCCUUGGAAACUUCCUAAAAACCUCUCUCAGAUAGCUCUAUUAGGGUGGAGGAUUUUAAACAAGUGGUUUUGCACCUAUUUGGCUCCCCCUACUGGCUUAACUUGCAAUCUCAUUAGUGAUUGGCUGACUUUGCUGUCACUCUAAAAAUGUAGCCAAUUAUUUUAAAGUGGAGGGGCAGGGAGAUGCCUGUGAUGUCAUAAGCAUCCGUUUUUCAGAUUGGGCUGUUUUCUGGCUGACAUUAAAAGAGGAAUUUCUAUGAGACUGAGAUGUUUAGCAUGCCUAGCAGUGUUUGUAUGUUUGUAAAUGCGGGUAGACUACCAUUAUUCAACAAAGACAAGGUAAAAAUGGUUUUUCAUUCUCUGUCCCCUUUAACCCAACUGCUGGGUUUGUCCUUUUACUGGGUUUAAAAAUAACCCAGCAACUAAACAAUAUCUUUUAUUUCCUUAACAACACAAUUUUCUUUCAUUAAAUAUAUUAUAUUCAUUACCUAUGUUAAGCAUUAAAAGCAUUUGUACAGUAGUUGAACAUAUAGUGAGUUCAAGUACAUAGAUUUGCCUCUUAAAAAAGAUAAAUAAAUAAAAAUAAUAUUUUAGCCAUACUUAU